UGUGGUGCUUAGGAAAGGCUUAUGGUAGAUGUUUGAAGAUGAUCAACAUGUUUCUGAAGGCUGCUUUGAUUCUUGUGAUCCUGACUUAUAAGGUGGACCUGCACCCGUUUACUAAAACUGGCAAAAUGCUGGGUGCUGAGAAAUCUUGGAUAGGAGAAAAAAAGGCAGCUGCCCCAAUGUGGAAAGGCUCAGCUUACUAUCCUGUUCUACCUCCAAGCUUGAAUUUACCAGAGUCUCAGAGAAUCCUGGCUUCAGAUAUUAAUAAAGAUCUCUUCAGACCUGAAAGGAAUAGAAGACCAGUACCUGAUCUAAUGAAGUCUAUUCUACUGCCACCAACAUCCCCUCCUAAAACAUCUUCUGCAACUUCUGCCUCAAGACCUGUGGAUAUGUUGUGCCACCUUGACCGUAUUUACGUGAGGGUUUUGAAGAGUCUGUUCAACAACCCAAAUGCUUGGCAGUAUCUGAAAGUGGGAACGUGUGCUGUGAAUCAAGCCACAGAUACACAUUACUACUUUCUGUAUUACCUCGAUAGCUGCAAUGUAAAGCGACAGGAAAAUGAAAACGAAGUGAUCUACUCAAACACGCUCCGCUAUGAGCCAGAGUCCACUGAGCUAGUGGCUCGUGAGCUGCCCUUUUCUGUGUCGCUGGAGUGUCAUUACAGCAAGCAUCACCGCUCAUAUCAGGUGGGCUUCAUGCCUCAAGUGGCAGCAGAAACCAUCUUGUGGAGGCUAGAAACUGGGCUCUCCCUCACACCUGUAGAUGUGUCUUGGAAGCCUCUUGCCUCUGGACGCAGCUAUGUUAUCGGUCAGCCUGUAUACUUUGAGGCCAAAGCUCUUUGGAUUCAGAAAGGGAAGAGGCUGUAUCUGAACAACUGCUACAUCUCUUCUUCAGCUAUUGAUUCGAUGCCCAAACAUACUGUACUGAACAACUAUGGAUGUAUGAUUGAAAGUAAGAAGAGUGCUCAGACAAAGUUCCAUGUCAGUGAUGAGAAUAAUACUUUACGGUUCUCUGUGGGAGCCCUUGUGUUCAAGGACAUGAUGUCCCAGUCAGCAGCAAAUAAGGUUAUGUUUAUUCAUUGUGAGAUGGCCUUGGGACCAGAAAAACCAACACCAAGCUCAAAAUCAUGUUGGUACAAUGUAGAUACUAAACGGUGGUCUGAGCUGUAUGGAGAUGACUCUGUUUGUGCUUGCUGCGACACUUCCUGCCCUGCUCCAGAGCCCUCAGUGCCUAUGACCCCAGUUACCAGCAAUCCUUGGGAGCUGGACCGCCUUGAUCAACCUGGACUUGAAGCUAUUUUGCCAGAGGAGAAUAUGGAUAUGUUUGAGCUGUAUGGCUUCAGAAAAUGA